AUGUUUUCGAAAACAAAUUUAAUAAGAUUUUAUUAAAAGAAACAUGGAUGGUAAUUAUCCUAUUUUCUCAAGAAAUUUAAGUAAAAUCAUCAAAUACUAAAAUAAUUUUGGUACCAUCCUCUUAAAAUUCAGAGCAAACAUGGGAAUAUUACAUUCUAGCACGCUAUGAGUCUGUUAGUGGUAUAUAGCAUAUUGUUAAGUAAACGGCCAUCAUGUCUUGAGAAUCUUCUAAAGUAUAUUUUAGAUAUGACUUAUAAAUCGAACAUUUUUCUUAGUCUUAGGCCAAAAACACUUCAGAAAUAUCUUCCACAUUAUCAGCUGAGUAUGUUUCGACUAAUUCAUGCUCAUUUUUAGAUCCAGGCUCAAUUUUAAAGACUUAUAUUAUUUCAAAUUUAACAUCUGUUAUUGUACCAUAGGUUUUCUUAUUUACUAAUAAUGAUUUAUUUCUUAAUAUUUUUGACUCAACAAGAUUCAGAAUACAUAAAAAACAAGAAGUAAGUAUUAAUUUUGUUAAGAAAGACAUUAUUUAAUUAUUAUGUUAUUUUCUUUUUUUCUUCUUCUUAAAUUAGUUAUUUUCAAUUUUUUUUACUUAAAAUUGAUUAUAUCUUUUCAAAAUCAAAAAUAACUUUUUGA